CAAGUAGCAACUGAUAUCAAUAAGUAUAGAAGGUGUCAAUGCACCAAGGGUUGCCGCCGAGCCUAUGCGUAGAUCAACAUCUAACUCAUACCGGGCCCCGAAGACGUUCCCGCGGGAUAUUAAUUCGUCGAGUUACCUACUGCUCGAGCUUUCUUCCCCCCCCCGCCCCCCAACCAACCAACCUCUCAGCUGAAAUUUCAUCAACUAUCCGUUACUUCCCGUCCUGCCCGUCCACUUCUCUAGUUCACAAUUAUCGUUCACAUGCUUAGCAGACGAGAUGGAAACGAAACACGACAGUCCAUUGAUCUUUCCCUCACGACCUUUCUUCCGUCAGGUUCAUGGCUUCGUGCGGCGGAAGGGUCUUGUACGAACGAACUUGGUGCAGAAAUUCUAACUCCCGCGAAUGUCACCAAAAGACCGAACUCCGCUGUUAUUGGUUCAUUCAAAGGCCAUAGAUUAGUAAUAUCUGGAGCUAAAGACCCCGCUGCUGGAACCGUCCAAAUACAGGUUGACCAAACAAAUUACACCGAGAACUUGUUCUCAACUUCCAGUAGCUGUGGCGUGUUCUUUGAUCAGUCUCUUCCUGAGGAUGCACAUAGCUACAUUCUCACUCUGAUUCCCCAGAAUCGCACAAAUUCAUCGUCAUCGCCUCCCGAGUUACAUCUACGAGAAAUUGCAUUCUAUUACUACGCAUCUGUCGAUAAUCCAUCGAGUUCAUCAAGUCCUCUUUCCACUGGCGGUAUCAUCGCUGUUAGCGUGGCUUGCUCGCUCGUUGGAGUCGUGAUACUCAUAUGGGUUUUUACAUAUCUUCGGAGGCGGAAGGACAGGACGAGCCCCUCAUCAGGGUCGGAGAAUCAGGCAGACGAGGAGGUGAUGUUGGUUGUUCCGGAGCAGCGUGAUGAUGGUGGUAUGACCGAACACCGAACGUUGACUUCACUUUCGUAUGGUCUAUCUCAACACGUUGCCUCCGACGCUCCCCGGAUUACCGCUUCUUCCACAAUAAACCCUUUCAGCCCGCCGCCGUCCUACACGCCCGAUAAUCUGGCUCCUCCUUCGUAUGAAGGGCAACGGUUUUAAUGGACCAAACGGAGUACUUGCGGAGUAUUUGAGAAUUACUUUGAAGCCAGGUUUCUCAACGGAAACAACGCAAUAUACCCACUGCUUGCCUCUCUUCGGAUGAGCUUCAGAUCGCGUACGUUACAUUCCUGAUAUCCACCGCUGCACAAUCCACGGGUAUUCGAAGACUACUUCCCACCAUCCCGUCCUCGUUACUCCAUCGAUACCUCCAUUUGUUCUACACAGGACAGGAACAGUUUUCUCGUGCUCCAUCCUUCUCAUCAUAACGAUGCUUGCAACAGUGGGGUUGAGUUGGUGGCGUCCAAAUGGUAGACGGACUCAUGCAACCUGAAGCUCUGAUGAAAUUGCCACAAGUUAUCCGAGUCGACCAGAGAGUAUCAGAACUAAAUGGAUAUAUCUAAUAG